ACCAAGAAAUAUCUUCGCUACCAACAAAGUCAUCUAAAAGGGACAACUUUCACAUAAAAUCAAAUGGAAAAGAAUAAAUCGGAAUAAGACUUGCUUUAACCCAACCUACAUUUCCAAUUUCCAACAUGGAUCAUUACGUCUUAAAAUAAAGUGAAGAAAAGUGGUGUAUUCAAACGUCUCAAAGAAAAGUGAAAUCAUUUAAACGUAUAAAAUAAUUUAGUCUUAAUUGUAAAAGAAAAGUGAAUAUCAUUAUUGAAAAAGUGUAAGUUCGUAAAAGUGAAAUGUAAGUGAAGUGAACAUUUUGGUGAUUUGAAUGGAUAAAGGAUGCCGUGAUGGGGUGUGGCCAGAGCAAAAUUAAUCUCUACCCGAGAAAGAAUAAAAAUGGCGGGAAAGGGAACGGUGCCAAAAAGUCAGGCGCGGCAGAUAAAGAAGCAGACGAGGAGGAGGGUAGUGCCGGAGCAGGUCCUGCCGACGAUGCAGAGGAUGAUACCGAACGUGGCAAGCACAUCUUGCCGCUCGCCGCUCACCCGCCUACCAUUGAGGUGUCGGCUAGCAUGCAAGACUUCUUUAAAGUGUUGGACGAGAAGAUUGAGCAGGGCAAAGAUUACGAUUCUACAAGCGAGACUGAAGUGCGAAAAGAAAGGGAACGACGAAAGAAAUUAAUAGAACUGUGGCGAUCCGCGUCGCAAUCCACGCAAUCCUCUCAAUCUCAGCCAAGUCCCCCAACACCCGCAAGGAGACGGAUGCCAAGAUCUGUCCCUCAACCGCCGGAGUGUCAAGGCAGUCCUGGAACCGUCCGAAGGUGCUAUAGACAACAACAUGUUCCAGAAGGUAUGUCUCCGCCUCCACCUAGAAGACCACACAGUGCGCAAUCUCACCAUCCGCCAGACUUGAGACCAGUUAAUGGCGGAGAUACCUGGCACGACCCAACGAAAUCACCCGUCAAACGGCCACAAAGCGCAGGGUCCAACUGGAAAAGCAAUCCAAAAGUUGCACCCUACAACCAAAAACCAAAGAAAAAUGAAGUCAACGAAAACCAAAGAACAAUCCAAAAAGAUUCAGAUACAAACACCUGUCUACCAGGUAAUGCUAAUCAAGAAAUAUCUCAAAUAACAUACAACCCUACAUUCCAAACCCACAGUCCGGCACACUCUGCAAAAUCACAACAGCCUUACAUAGCUCAAAUUAUAAGCUGUCCAAUGUCACAAGUCCGACAAGUGACACCUCCUUCACCACCAAAGUACAUAGCUCCACCCGAAGAGUAUCAGGACCCUCAGAACAAUAUAGAUAAUAAGUACACUGCCAAUCAAAGACCAGCACAAAAUCAGCCACCACCAGCCAAUCAACAGUCUCAUAUUUAUUAUAUUCAUGGAAAUACAACCGCAAACGUUUCGAAUCAACAAGACUUAGUGCAGCAAAGACAGCAAACGGCUUUACAUCUGCAACAAUACGUAGCAAUGAAGCAAGCACAGCAACAGAUGUUUACGUAUCUACAAAGAGGUCCACAUACAGUCUUUCCAAACGUAGAUUAUGCACAGGUACCCCAUCCGAGAAUAUACGAAGGAGAAGAGUUCAAUGCUCAAUAUGGUCAUCCAGCAUUGAGGCCACAUAGUGCUCCAACCCCCGUGGGAGUCGUCAGGCCAAUGCCAAUCACUCCUAGUUUUGGUCCAUUACCAGACGGUUCCCAUAUGGUGCAAAUGCCAAUGUGGCCACAUAUGCCUCCAGUUGUGUCAACGAUGGGGCCUUGGAUGGCUGGCCAAGGCCACGAAAUGCAAUAUUAUCCGCAAUCUCAAUUCAUGCCUAUGUACAGAGCUAAUUCAGCCGGUUCCGCUGGUACUCUAACGAGAUACCAUAAGAAAGAAGCAAGCGAGGGUGAUGUAAAGAACGUGUGCCAAAGUAUAAAUUUAGUGAGGCAGAAGCAAGUUGGUCAGAUCGUAUCAAUACCUGGACAGGAGCUCACUGUCUGCAAUAACACGAGUGACAGUCCGAGUCCUGCAUCCGUGAGCUCCGACAGCGGGGUUUCUCCGGGAAAUAGUGCACCCAGUUCAAAAGCCUCCGUCUUCAGUCAACCUCCGGUAGCCUCAGACACUUUCAACACUGUAGAUAACAAGACUAAGAAGAUAAAACCGGCACCAUACUCGAGAUCUCUGAAAAACUCUAAAAGUCUAGAUUCUUAGUGUAACUUUGUAAUUAUGUAGAUUUUCUAAGUGUACGUAGGUUUUAGUUGGAUUAUGUAAAUUAUAGCGGAAUUAGUUUCAUCUGCUUUUUAAUGUAUAGUUCGAGCAUUUUUUAUCUGUCGAUGUUUAAAACUUUGUCGAUGUCGUUUUAUGACUGUAAUCCUGAACUCAGUGUCAUCGUUUCUCGAACUGUUUCUGUGAUGUUCAUUUCGAUUGUAAUUAUUUCCAUAUAAUAUUAAUUGAGAAGUUUGUAAGAUGUUGUUUAGCACUGUGCCUUGCAGUCAUACGUUAUGAAGCUCUAUUAUCUUUUGCUUUUAUGAAAUUAAUAUGAACGGAUACUAUUCGCAAUGACUGCGUUAAUUUAGUUAAGAAACGGGUACCUACCUAUAUUAUUGUAUUAUUUAUUUAUUGACGAAAAUUAAAUAAAACUUAUUCUAA